GAGGAAGACGCUGGGUGGAGUUUGUCUUCAUCUGAUGUCUGAAUGAAUAGAGGAGGAUUUGACUUUCAAGAGAGAGACAGAGACACAGCUUGACUCUAACAUCAUAUGACAGGUAAAGAGACUCAGAAUGCAAUAUUUACACUUUCAAAAUGCCAACUAAAAUCACAGCAAGCAACAGCGUCAUUGUCCACACAGCAGAUCAACCGACCAAUCGCGUUAAAGAUCAAUGUGAGCCAGAUAUGAAUGUGUGGAUCAGAACCAGAGCACAAACAUCAUUACCCAGAAACCUCAGGUUUACAUAUCACAAUCAGAAGGUUCUGGGUGUUUUUACUACGGAAGAAGUUCCUGCUGGAACACAGUUUGGUCCGCUGCACGUAGAUCUUCUUCGAUCUGAAGAUACGCCAUCGGACAUCCGCAGGCAUCACAUCUGGACGAUCUUUGUAGAGGGAAGAUUACAUCACUUCCUGUCUCGUGAGGAUGAGAGCAGCAGCAACUGGAUGCUUUUCAUCAACUCUGCUCCGUCUCCUUGGCAACAGAAUCUUGCAGCAUGCCAAAUUGGGAUGCAGAUUUACUUCUACACAAUAAGAGCUCUGAGGUCAGGGGAGGAGCUGCUUGUGGGGCGGAGUCUGGAAUACGGCCGGCCAAUCACCAGUUUAGGAAUUUCUUACGUGAAACUGCCAUUUUCCACACACUCUCAAAAUCAUAAAAACCAAGUGUGUGUGGAAAUACAAAAUCCAGUGAGGAAGAAAAAACGAGGUCACACCAUCACUGAGAUCCUGCAGUCUGACUACAGUUUUCCGACUACCAGAAGUCCCAAUACGCUUCAUCUGAAAGACACUUGCACCCCUCAUUCCAAAUAUGACCUUAAAAGUAAAAAAGUGGCCCAGUCUGACAUCGCUAUGACUCUAAAGAUGACAUCUGAUAUAGACAACUCUACUAUCCCACAAUCCUUUCUGCAAAAGCACAUCUCCCCUUUCAUUUGUAAUGUGCACCAACCAAAGGGAUUUGAUCUGACAACACCACACGUGUCCCACGACAUCCAACAUCCACCAAUUCGCAUGCAUCCAUCUUUUUUGAGACUUACAUCUAAUGAGAAUGACUUUACAUUGGCGUUGACCGAUAGAAAUGACCUCGGACUUCCAAAAGCCGAUGAGGUGAGCGUUCCUGUGAAGACCAAUCUAAGGAACCACAGUUCGACAUCAACAGAACUUAAAGACGACACAAAAUCACCAAAUCUCUCCAAAGCUAUUGCUGACAUCACAGCCAAGACAGAGCCAUCAGAGGUGGGUGUGGCUGCCCCGGGUGUUUCUAGCUCCUCCCACCAUGACACAGACUUGCAGGAUCUACGCAUGGCGAAGCAUGAACAGACAAUAGGUUAUCGGGCAUUACCGUACCCAUUACAGAGACGCAAUGGAAAGAUUCAGUAUGAAUGUAAUGUAUGUGGGAAAAACUUCACUCAGCUCUCAAAUCUGAAGGUGCACCUGAGAGUCCACAGCGGUGAGAAACCGUACCGAUGUGCUACCUGCAGGAGAAACUUUUCCCAACUAGCUCACCUUCAAAAACACAUCCUGGUCCACACGGGAGAAAAACCAUACGGAUGCCAUGUGUGUGCCAGGCAUUUCAGCAGCAGCAGUAACCUGAAGACUCACCUGCGUCUUCACUCAGGUGAGCGGCCAUACGUGUGUAAGCAGUGCCCCGCCCGCUUCACCCAGCACAUCCACCUGCGCCUCCACAGACGCCUGCACGCCUCCCCACGACCACAUCAGUGUCCAGAGUGCUUUCGCAGGUACACACACCUGUGCAGCCUACAGAUCCACCUGCACCGAUUUUGUCCUGCCACCAGUCUCACAGGCUCCGCCUCUCAGUUGAGCUUAGCCAAUGAAGAGGUGGAGAAGUUUGACAUGAGUGAUGCUGCAGGAAACCUUGAGGUUGUCAUGGAGAUGGCAUCUAUAGAGAGGAUUUGUCAGAUGAUCUGGGCACGAGUGCUUGCAGUUCGGUCUGAUCACCAGCAGAGAGCAGCACAGAAAGCCUGUACAUAA